AUGUCGAAAAACAAGUACUCCGUGAUCCUCCCGACCUACAAUGAACGAAAAAAUCUCCCUAUUAUAUGUUGGCUCAUUGAGAAGACAUUCAGAGAAAACAACCUCGACUGGGAAGUUAUUAUCGUAGACGAUGGCUCACCCGACGGCACCCAAGAAAUCGCAAAACAACUCCAAAAGGUCUGGGGCACAAACCACAUUAUCCUCAAGCCACGAGCUGGAAAACUAGGCCUUGGAACGGCCUACGUGCAUGGGCUACAGUUUACGACAGGCAAUUUCGUCAUCAUCAUGGACGCCGAUUUCAGCCACCACCCUAAAUACAUCCCCAAAAUGAUUGAGAUUCAAAAAGCCACUAAUGCGGACAUUGUGUCCGGCACGAGAUAUGCUAAGCGCGGAGACCUCAAGGGGGGUGUGUAUGGAUGGGAUUUGAUUCGCAAGUUCACGUCGCGUGGAGCCAACUUGAUUGCCGAUGUUAUGUUGAUGCCCGGCGUGAGCGAUUUAACCGGCAGUUUCCGUCUGUACAAGAAGAGUGUAUUGGAGAAGGUUAUCACGAGCACUGAAAGCAAGGGCUACUCGUUUCAAAUGGAGAUGAUGGUCCGCGCCAAAGCUUUGGGCUAUAAAGUUGAAGAGUGUCCCAUCACGUUUGUCGACCGACUGUAUGGAGAUAGUAAGCUAGGAGGCGACGAGAUUGUUGGAUAUUUGAAAGGUGUAUUUAUGCUGUGGCUUAAGGUCUAA